AAUCGAAUAAACUCUACUGUAUACCUCGUCUGUAAUAACUACUGAACUCUAGAGUUCAGUAUUGAUGAUUUAAUAAUAGAAUACGAUUUUACAGAUUUAAAAUGACGAGUGGAAUAUUUCGUGUUUGUAGAUUAAUAACGACUUGCACGAGAAGUAAAUUUAUUACAGAUAAUGGUUUGUUAAUACCACGCAAUCCGCUAAUUCAAAAUGCAAGGAGUACUACUAGUUUUUUCAUGAAGAGGACGGCGGCUGAGCUGUGGAAGUCAGUUACUAGUGUCAGCAAUGCUGGUAGAAGAAGAGGGAGAGGAAGAUCUGCUCCUAGAGUUAAAGAUUUAAAUAAAGGGCAAAAGAUGGGCAAGGGAAAAGUACCAUUGGUAUUGCCUGGCUUAAAUGCUCCAGUUCUGAAAGGAAAUGUAAUAGUAACAAAUGAGCGUGUUUCAAGUCCCGUGCAAGCAGAGGAGGAAAAACCAACAAAUUGGAACAUGUCAAAAAAACCGAAACGCAAUCCUUUAAAACGUGGUUGGACUGGUGGUUUAAUGGGUGGACGAACUCUUGGGCCACCUGAUCCUGUUAAUGGUGAAAUAUUUGAGAACUUUGAAAGUUGGAUAUUAUAUCAUAAAUCAGUAUCUGUCAUGACAAGUAACAUGGGUCGUAAUAAAGCUUGUCGCUGUUUGGUUAUAACUGGGAAUAGAAAUGGUUUGGCUGGAUUUUCAAUGCUUUCUGGAGGUAACGUUAAACCAAGUUUAAUAACAGCAAAAAACAGAGCUGGUCAGAGAUUAAUGUCCAUUGCGAGAUACAAUGAACAUACUGUCAUGCACGAUUUUUUUACACAAUUUGGAAAGACAAAAAUAUAUGUUGAACGAAAACCUAAAGGUCAUGGGCUUGUAUGUCAUCGUGUUAUUAAGACAUGUUGUGAAGCCAUUGGCAUAAAAGAUAUUUAUGCUAAAAUUGAAGGUUCCAAGAAUGUUCCUAAUAUUGUAAAAGCUUUCUUCCUUGGUUUGAUACAGCAGAAAACGUUCCAAGAGAUUGCAGAUGAAAAGCAACUGCAUUUAGUUGAAUUCUCCAAGGAGACUGGUUAUUUUCCAAAAGUACUUGCUUCACCAGCAACUGCCAGGAAGCAGUCUGAAAUUAGUCCGGAUGAAACUUUAAAUUUGAGGCAACAUUUGAUGAAUGGAAGAAUAUAUUUGCACAAGAAGCCAUAUGUACCAUUUUAUACGAAAUUACGUUCAUGGUCGAAUCAUUUACGUAAAGCAGAACGUCAAAGAGGUCAAUAUGAUGUGAUUAUCAGAUCAAAAGCUGAAACAGGAAAUGUUUGUAGUUUCCUUGUUGAUAAAUAUCCGGAAGCCCAAGGGUCCAAGUGGAAAAAACAUGCUGCAAAGGAGGCAAAUGAACAAGUGUAACAUUGUUAUAAUAAUCUAUAUUGUUGAAUAAUAUAAUUAAACAUGAAUAAAUAAUAGCAAUUACUGAUAAUAGUA